AUGCGGACAGGAGGGGCGCUGCGGAGCCUGGCCCGGCCCUGCCUGGCCCUGCGGCUGCCCAAGAGGCCCAGCCCGUACCCCCGUAGGGGUACCCAGAGUUGUACGGUGUUUGUGUCAACGCCCCCGCCCAGUUCCCCCAACCCCUUUUCUCUGUCUGGGAAAGGCCUGGUCUUGUGCUCAGUUCCCAUCGGGUGGUCUGUAGCAGCCCCCCCCCACACACACACAUCUCCAUCUGUCUGGCAGCUCUCCUGCUGCAGGCUGUCCCCUGGGGUUCCCUCCUGCGUUCCCUGGGCAGCUCGUGUUGGGGACGGCAGGGAUGCGAGGGCCGUGCCUGCUCUGGGACAGCGCCGUCCUCACUGCGAGUGGCUUUUUCCUCCUGCAGGCAGGUGCUGCGCUCUCCCUCCAGCGUAUGGCCUGGUGGUGGCUGUGCUCGUGGCUGUGCUCGUGGCUGUGAUCCUGGCUUUGGCCAUUGCUCUUGCUGUACAGUCGGCAGGCAGACGUGAAGGUCAUCUAGCUCCGGUGCUGGGUUGUCCUGACAACUGGGUUGGGUACCGCGACGUCUGCUACUACCUCUCGACGGAGGAGGGGAGCUGGGUGUGGAGCCAGGAGCGGUGCUCCUCACACGGGGCCUCGCUGGCUGUGCUCCAGAGGGAGUGGGAAAUGGAGUUUCUCUCGCGCCUCAAAGGCAAAGAUGAUUUCUGGCUUGGGCUGCGGAGACAGGGCGAACGCCUGGAGUGGGUGGAUGGCAGCAGCUUCACCCAGACGAUCCUGGUGCGGGGCCAAGGAGCGUGUCUGUAUUUGAAUGACAAUGCUUUAGUGAGUACAAGCUGCUCACAGCAACGGCCAUAUAUGUGCAGCAAGCACUAUGCUCAGAGGUGACAGAGAGAGGACCUUCUCCGUGCUGAGCACUCACAGCUUCACCUCGUCCGCCAGCGCAGGCAGGGACUGGCCAGGUGGGGAGGCAAGCACAGAGCCCCGACGUGAGCAGGGGUGUGCGAGGGCCGCUGAGGGAGGUUUCAGUCCAGGCAGCCCUUUUGGGGCUGGCACCUUUGGCCUGGGAGCAGGGGCUCGACGUUUACAGUUUGGAGGCUGGACACUGGUUGGCAGUGAGAGGGCGUAGGGAUGUUCUUGCCUCAGCUGCUGGUUCGGGGUGCUCCUGGUCUCGGUAACAACUCGCUGCCAGGUCUCAGGGAGCUGAACCUGCAGGAAGAGGAGACAUCGUGGAAGCUGACGUGUGCCUGGCUGGGCUGGGACCUCAAGCACGGAACAAGUGGUUUUUCUCCUUGUGUGACCACCCCAGAACUCUUUCUUCUCGUGCGAUUCAGUCACACCCGCUUUUGUGCGGUAGGGACAGAGCUCGAGCAGCUGCUGCCAGAGGAGAUGGGCGCAGAGCUCUGCGGAGUUCCCUGGCACAGAGCUGGGCGGCUCUGGUGUGUCAGCUGUGCUGUUACUCCUAUUUUAGUACUCUGCUGUGCAUUAAACCAUUGUAAAUUCC